CGCGUCUUAUCAAUGGGCCGGGCGGCUUAGCGCGGCCGGCUCGUCCGAGAGGCGCAGUCCCGGGCCUCCGCGGGUCGCGGGGCCCAGCCAUGGCACCUCGGUGCGCGGCGGCCGGGCGGGCCCCGGGACCCUGCGGGGGGCGCUGAGCUGCGGAGCGGGCGGUGCGCUCGGGUAGGCGCCGUCGGGGCACUCGCGGGGAGCGUGCCGGGCACCAUGCACCCCCGUCUGCCGCCGUGGCCGCGGCUGCUGCUGCUGCUCCUGCUGCUGCUCGCCGGCGCCGCGCACACGACUGGAGCCCUCCCUCGACUGUGUGAUGUGCUACAGGUGCUGCGGGAGGAACAAGACCAGUGCCUGCAGGAACUCUCCGAAGAGAGGACAAGAGGCCUAAGCACGGUGCAGCCAGCGUCAGGCUGCGAGGGGCUGUGGGACAACAUGAGCUGCUGGCCCUCCGCUGAGCCGGGACAGACGGUGGAGGUGGAGUGUCCGCGAUUCCUCUGGAUGCUCACGGGCAGAAACGGUUCCAUGUUUCGGAACUGCACACGGGGCGGCUGGUCAGCAGUCUUCCCCAGGCCUGACCUGGCCUGUGGGGUUAACGUGAACGACUCGGCCAACGACACCAACGAGAAGCGGCACGAGUACCUGCUGAAGCUGAAGGUCAUGUACACCGUGGGCUAUAGCUCCUCCCUGGUGAUGCUCCUGGUCGCCCUCAGCAUCCUCUGUUCCUUCCGGAGGCUCCACUGCACCCGCAACUACAUCCACAUGCACCUGUUUGUGUCCUUCAUCCUGCGUGCCCUGUCCAACUUCAUCAAGGAUGCUGUGCUCUUCUCAGAUGAUGGUGUCCACUGCGAAACCCACAGGGCGGGCUGUAAGCUGGUCAUGGUCUUCUUCCAGUACUGCAUCAUGGCCAACUACGCCUGGCUGCUGGCCGAGGGCCUCUACCUUCACACGCUCCUCGCCGUCUCCUUCUUCUCAGAAAGGAAGUGCCUCCAGGGAUGUGUCGCCCUCGGAUGGGGUUCCCCAGCCAUUUUCGUUGCUUUAUGGACUAUCACCAGGCACUUUCUGGAAGAUGUUGGGUGCUGGGACAUCAACGCCAACGCAUCUGUCUGGUGGGUCAUUCGAGGGCCUGUGAUCCUCUCCAUCCUGAUUAAUUUCAUCCUUUUUAUAAACAUUCUAAGAAUCUUGAUGAGAAAACUUAGAACCCAAGAAACAAGAGGAAAUGAAGUAAACCAUUAUAAGCGCCUGGCCAAGUCCACCCUCCUACUGAUCCCUCUCUUCGGCGCCCACUACAUCAUCUUCGCCUUCUCGCCAGAGGACGCCAUGGAGAUCCAGCUGUUCUUUGAACUGGCCCUUGGCUCAUACCAGGGCCUGGUGGUGGCCGUCCUUUACUGCUUCCUCAACGGGGAGGUGCAGCUGGAGGUUCAGAAGAAGUGGCGGCAGUGGCACCUGCGCGAGGCCCCGUUGUGCCCUGUGGCCCUCGGCAACUCCUUCAGCAUCGGCACCAGCAGCCUCACCCAGAGCACCAAGGCCAGCCCCUCGGAGCCCAGCCGGGCAGGUGCAGGGCCAGCGCCAUCUGAGAGCGUCAUCUGAGAGCUGGAGCAGGGCCAGCCUGGCUGCACCAGGCCGGGGCCUGGAGGGCAAGCCACUGCUUGGGACAGCCCGCCUUCCCCACAGACAUCAAGUGCUUUCUCCUGUGACUCAUGACCUCCACUCCAGGCCUUGGGUUGGAGGGCGAGAAGCUCUCAGGACUCAGCAGAAGGAAGCUGGGGCCCCGUGGGGCAGGGGGAGUG